AUGGCAUCUCUACUGAAUUCAGAACAUAUACCAUCGGAUCAACCGGGCUACUCAUUUGCAAACCACGCUGCCUCAGGGCAAGAAGCCGCAGGGCCCAAACAACAUGCCUUCUACCCGUACACCGACAACGGCGGGUCUACACUUGGUAUCACCGGCGCAGACUUCGCUAUUCUCGCCGGCGACACGCGAUCCACCUCCGGCUACAACAUCAACUCCCGCUACGUGCCCAAGCUCUUCCGCAUCGGAGAGGACGCCUCUGAUGAGCAAAGCUCGCGGAUCGUGCUUGCAGUUGUAGGCUUUGCAGCCGACGGCAACGCCCUGAAAGAACGCCUCGAUGCCAUUGUCAAGAUGUACAAGUAUCAGCAUAACAAACCCAUUAGUGUGAAGGCGUGCGCGCAACGACUUUCUACGAUCUUGUACCAGAAGAGAUUUUUCCCCUACUAUGUGCAUGCAAUUCUGGGAGGUUUGGACGAAGACGGCAAGGGAGCAUUGUAUUCAUACGAUCCUGUGGGGAGUUACGAGCGAGAACAGUGCCGGGCUGCGGGCGCAGCGGCGAGUCUGAUCAUGCCGUUUCUGGACAAUCAAGUCAACUACAAGAACCAGUACAUACCAGCAUCAGGCGUGGGUCAUGACUUGAAGCAGAGGCCGAUUGAGAGUUUGCCCAAGGAUGUGGUUGUCGGACUAGUCAAGGAUGCGUUUACCAGUGCAACAGAACGACAUAUUGAGGUGGGUGAUGGAUUGCAGAUGUUGGUCAUCACAAAGGACGGGAUAGAGGAGACGUUCACGCCCCUCAAAAGAGAUUAG